AUGUAUAUCUCUCCAUCAUCAGUGGAAGCAUCUAAAUCACCAAAACUCGAAAGAAAAGAUUGGUCUUGUUCUUCAACUAUUUCAUCUAAAACUUCAUCACGAAAAUCAAUUUGUUCAUCACAAUUUGGUCUAGAAGGACAAACAAUAAAAUUAAAAAUAACUAUUCCACCAUCUGUUCUAUCUAUUCAUCGUUCUUGUUUAUGGAUUUGUAAACAAUUACGUUCAUUGAAAAUACCACAACAAGACUACAUUAUAUUCUCUAGUCAUCUAUUCUUUAAUUUUUAUAAUCUUUGUUCAUUAGAAUUACCUAAAUCUAUUGUAAAAAUAAAUAAUAAAAAAAUUCCAUUAAUACAAAAUAAUCAAAUAUUUAAUAUUCCAACAACCGUUACUUCAUUAAAUAAGUAUUGUUUUUCUGAAUGUUCAUCACUACUAUCAAUUCAAAUUCCUCCUUCAGUUAUACUCAUUGGUAAUUUUGCAUUUAAAAAAUGUUAUUUUCUUCAAAUAAUUCAACUUCCAAUUGAAAUACUUUCAUUACCAAAAUCUUGUUUUGAAUUAUGUACUUCUCUUCGAACAAUUAUACUUCCCAAUUCUUUAAAAUGUUUAAGAUAUAAAUGUUUUGUUAAUUGUUAUUCUCUACAAUCAAUUAUUAUUCCAAACUCAGUAAGUCAAAUUGAGUCACAUUGUUUUGAAGGUUGUAGGUCAUUAUCAUCUAUAACAUUAUCUACUUCUUUAUCUUCAAUUAGUUCUAAUUGCUUUAGCUUUUGUUCAUCUCUUCGUUCUAUAACAUUACAUACUUCAAUAGUUGCUAUAGAAACAUAUUCCUUUAAAAAUUGUUAUUCUCUAACAACAGUUCAAAUUAAUUCACCAUUAUGUUCAAUAGAUCCAACCUCAUUUGAAGGAUGUAUUAAUUUACAUAAAAUAUGGUAA